AAAGGUGAAAGUUGAAAAUAGAAGUGACGACACAGUUUUUUUUAAGGUUCCAAAUUGUGAAUUUAUUUAAUAAGAGAAGCGAGAAGACUGAUGAAAACGGUGGAUAAAAGGAAAUGAAACCGCAUGAGACCCGCAGACCGGGAAGAUGUUCUGUUUCGGUGUUAAAUCCGGGAGGUCGUCGGUGUCUUUACACAAGAUCUUCUUUGUUUCCUUGUUACACAUGAAAGCUCAUCGCAUCAGUCUCUGUCCUCUACAUUUAUGGAGACGUUGUCUCCAUAGUGGGAUCAUUCGUGCUUUGCCAGCCGGACCAGAAUCCUCUCCUCCUACUGCAGUGACGGACCUGGCUGACAGUGCCUCCUUAGAUCAGAGCCAGGACUCCUCUUCUACUUGGUCCCCUGAGAAAGGACCCCCACCUGCUCCCACCCACUGCUGCAUGAGUGGUUGCCAUAACUGCGUUUGGAUCGAACAUGCGGAGCAGCUCCUGGCGUAUUAUCACGAUGGAGGAGAUAGAGCGCUCGCUGCCAUAGAGGAAAAUGUUCUUGACGAGAAUCUCAAGGCAUAUCUUAAGAUGGAGAUCAGACUGCUGAAAAAGACGUGAUGCUUUCCAUGGACUCCCACCUACCUC